AUGGCCAAAAGAUUGCGUGUGAGUCUGGAGGAUGAAGGGCAAACCGAUCCUUCUCUGGCCCGGCUGGACCGGUCGGUUCGAGCUAUCCUGGAGAAGCUCGACAUGCCGUCUCUCGAAUCGUUCGGACCAGGAGGAUCAUCGGCGCCAGGAGCAAUGUCCUUACCGGCGACGGGAACGGCAAAGACGACACGAGAAAACUCGCGCGAGAAUUCGCCUCACCCGGAAACCAAGAAUGACAUCGCCAGUGCACCCAUGGAGGGUCUGUAUGAGGCGACCCAUCUCAGCGCCCUGAGAUCUCGAACGGGCGGACCACCGACCGAGAGACGACUACGCAAGAACUUUGAAUCCGACCUCAUCGCCCAAGGGGUGAUCACCAUUGACGAAGCGGAGAGAAUGUUGAAUCUAUUCAAAACCUCAUUAUCUCGAUACUUAUACAACGCGACCGUCUCCCCCGACAGAACGCUCCACAGCAUCCGCUCGUCGUCGUCCCUCCUCUUCACUUCCAUCAUGGCCGUGUCGUCACUCCACAUCCCGGGGAUGGAAGACAUCCACAACCGGAGCCACCGGGCACUCCGCGACCUCAUCGCCUCGUCCAUGUUCGACCGGUCACACACGCUCGAGGACGUGCGGGCGUUGUGUAUCGCGGCGUUUUGGUUGCCGGACCUCUCGUGGAAACUGUCCGGCCACUGCGUGAGGAUGGCCACCGAACUCAACCUCCACCAGGCGUUCUUCAAGGCGUUCCACUCGCCGUCCCCACCGGAAGACCGAGAGGAGACCUUGGAACGUGCGCGGCUGUGGUACCUCCUCUACGUGCUGGACCACCACUUCAGCAUCGCCUACGGCCGACCCCCCGUGACGACGGAGAUGCAGGCGAUCCGAGAGACCGACGUUUUGUUGUCGUCCCCCGAGUGCACCCUCUCGGACCGACGGGUCAUCUCCCAGGUGGCCUUGUUCCGCAUCCUGUCUCGGGCCUACGACGCCUUCGGUCUCGAGGCCGGCCGGGCCCUGGGGGACGACGACGAAACACUGAUCAUCCACGCCCGGUUCCUGGACGACCUGGGGAGGUACCGCGAACACUUUCGGGCUCUGCUUCCCAUGGACGAGUUCGUCGGCGGUUACUCGGUCAUCGGGCUCGACCUCCACUACCACUUUUGUAGUAUGUUGUUGAACUCUCUGGCGCUCCGGGGUCGAUCCAUGACCUCCAUCGGAGCCCUCCCACACCGUCUCCGACCCCUGGCCUUUCACGCAAUCGAAUCGGCCCAUCAGAUCUUGGAGAUCGUACUUGGUGAACCAGACCUCCGCCGAGCUCUCGUCGGGGUGCCCCUGUACCUACACGCCAUGAUCGCUUUCGCCGUCGUCUUUCUCAUCAAGAUGUCGGCAGUAUGGGACGUAAUUGGUGUCAGCACAGACGCGCACGCGCGCACGAAACCUUUGAUCCAAGGGAUCAUCGUCACACUCCGUGAAUGUAAAGCCGGAAACAAUCACAUCUUGUACAAAAUGGCAACAGGGUUUCAAAGGUUGACGGAGAGAAAUACAAACAAUUCCUCAAGUGGGACAACAACGACAAACAAAAACUCGGGCCUCGACAAAACUUCUUCUCUCGGGGCAGCGACACAACAUCAUCACCUUUCAAAUCAAGAAUUUCCAGAUUCUUUGGCGGCUUUGGCGGCCGUCGCCAAUGGCCACGCUUCAAGACCUUCGAUCGAAUUUGGUAAUACUGCCACUCACUUCACUCCUACUUCGCAUCAUCAAGAUCUGAAUAGUAAUAAUGGGGCAUUCGAGACACAACAACAACCACAACCACAGCCUCCUUCUUACGGGUUACCUUCAUCGCACGUCGGAUCGGAUUGGCAACUUGACGAUGACAUGUUGUGGAACACAGUGGGGACCGAGUACGAUUUGUUGGCGAAUGCACCAGACACGGACAUGAAUUUUUACGCCUUUUGAUUUUUUUUUAUCUUUUUUUUUGAGGAAAAAAAGUACGAUUGUGCCUGCAUCAGGGCUAUGUAAGGGACGUACG